UGUCGGCGCCGGAAAGACACGUCACUGGACAUGUGUCGUCUAGGCCCAUCUGCUCCCGCCACGUGGUUGUACACAUGUCAACCAUGUUUCUGCCUAAGGGGAACACUUAUGUCACAUGCAAACUAAUUGGGUAGAGGGCAUGACACAUGUGCAGGUAAUACACAUGCAAUGGAUACAGGUGGGGAGAAUAGAUGCGGAUCCGGGUACUGGGAGCAGGGGGCGACAGCGAGCCCGGAUGCCGGGAGGAGGGGGUGAUAGCGGGCCCAGGCGCCAGGAGGCGAGCGGAGCUCGGAAUCAGUAUCGAGCGCGGACGCCGAGCACCGGAUGAGAGGCGAAAGCCCGGCGCCGGAAGCCGGGGCAAUGGUUGGCCCGGGAGCCGGGGUCCGGGAACUGGACGAGAGGUGAAGGCUCGUCGCCGGGAAUCGGGGCAAUGGUGGGCCUGGGUGCCGGGAACAAUAACCGGUCCGGGCACCGGAAGAGAGGUGAAGGCCCGUUGCCGGGAGCCGGCUCAAUGGGGGCCGCCGGGAGAGGGGCAAUGGUGGACCCGGGUGCCGGGAACGAUAACGGGCCCGGGCGCCGGGAACCGGACUAGAGGUGAAGGCCCGCCGCCGGAGGACAAAAAAAUUGGUAACUGAUAUAUGUUAAGUUAAAACUUAGACGGAAUUUUUCUGUUUAUUAUUACUGUUCUUGUGGCAACAUUAUGCUUAUUAGUACGUAUAGUUUUUGUUUUGUGUAGAUAUCAUAAACAUGACAAAUAAAUAGAAAAGAAUAGU